UUGAGUGGGAGAUGGGACUAAUCUAGCGCCCUUUAAAGCGGCAACACCAAGCGAGAUCCAGAAUACUACAGUCCAGACAACACAUUAAUGUUUAAUCACAAAUGAGAUGAUGAGACCCCGGAAUAAACCCUGCAUCUUCAUAACGUUGCACGCACGAGGCAAGAACUCGCUGGGCGAGAACCGCACCUGUCUUGGACACACUGCUUACCACUGGGGCAUCCUCAUUUCGCCGAAGAAUAAAGCUGCACCCGACUUCAGCAUCCCAGUCCCCAAAACCUCCAUCCGAUUUGCACACGCUCUUCGAUGUCACGGACUCGCUGUACCCUGAUCCGGUCACUGGUGAGGUGAAGGAGAGCUGGCGGUUCCGGAAGCGGGGUUCACCUGAUCCGGUGAUUGCGUUUCAAAUCAUGGCGAGAGUUUUCGUGGGGAAGCUGGACCCUGCAUGGGGAGACACUGAGGGCGUUAGGGAGAGGUCCAGUGGCAUAGGGUUACCCAGAAAGGGGAUUGAGGGGGAGAGUUGUGUCAGUUGGUCGCGGGACGCGAUUGCAGUGUUGAAGAAGAUGGGGACUUUGCAGGCCGAUUUUGACUGAGAAGUUUACGGGCACUGCGUUGGAAUUUGCGGAUAAGAGUUUGAAAGGGGGGGAGAUGGGUAGCAUACUGGACUAUACAGGAAGGGGAGCUGUGUAACUUCGUAUAAAAGAGAGAGGAUGUGAGCAGCCAAUAAUGAAAUAACGGAAUCCGGAAUUACUUGAUACUGAGGUUUUGAUAGAAAAAUCUAGGUACAUCUUGC